UAAAGAAAAUAAAUGCUAAAUGCUCCAACUGCACUAUUCCAAAAUAUAAAAAAUGGCUGUUGAUAACAAGUUCCUAUUUCUUUAUUAGGAUUACCUCUUUGACUCCAAGCAACUCACUGAUGGCGCUCCUCCAAAUGAUCGAGGCUGUCGUUUUUGUGGGAAAAUUGGGCACAUACAGAAGGAUUGCCCAAAGAAGAGGCUUAAUAUGGAAAGAAGGGAAAAGAAAGAACGGCAAAAAGAUCGUAGAGAAGCACGAAAAAUAACCCAAGAGAGGGAGAAUAGAGAUGAGGAACGACAGAAGCACAUGCCUGAGCAGACCACAUCUCAGGAUGUUCGGAAGAAUGAGAACAGGGAAUUAAUAGGAGGACCAGGAGGACCCACUUUGCCAACUGGGAUUGGGUCACUUAAGACACCUGAAGAUGUCGUCACUGGAAAUUCAACGUGUCAGACAUCCACAACAAAAGCGGACCAAUCACAGGCAGCUGCCAGCAGACCCACAAACCAAGGACGAGGGAAAUCGCCCACUGAUGUCACGGGUGCUCUACCUGCCAGUGGCACUCCAAAAGUUGGGUUGACCUGUACAGUAAAGUCUGGGGUAAAUACUGCUCAGGUUGGAGGUAAUAGUUUGCAACCUGGGACUGAUACUGUGAAUUCUGGGAUGUUUGCAUCUGAAAGUGACUCUUUGUUGGGUAGUUUAAGUGAUCCUGUAUCUGUUGUAACUGCAAUAAGAGUUGGAGGUAGAAGUGAGGGGUCUUGUGUUAGUAACUCAGCAGUAAGUAACUCUGGGGUCUCAUCAGCUAAUGCAUUGUUAGGAUCAGCUAAUGUACAUGAUUGGGGCGAUAUAGAGAAACCAGCUGAUAUAUCUAGUGGGGCUAUUAAUGCCCCUCCAGGUUUUCAACAUUUGGCACAUGUUCCAGUGGGACUUUCUAGCCAGGGUCAGACAGUCUCUGACCAUGUCAACCAAGUACUGAAACUUAGUAGUCAGGGACAUGCACAUGAAAGUCAGGGGCCUAAUAAUGUAACAGCUGUUAAUCAUUAUCAUCAAAUGACAGCCAUGCAUCAGCAGCAACAACAAAAAGAGCAGCAGAAACAGAAAAAACAAAACCCACAGCAGCAACAACAUCCACAACAGUCAUUACCACAACACAGACAGUGGGAAUUCUGGCCAAGCAAUGUCCUACCCCAAUCAAUCCAGUUAACUUCCAAAUCACAGAAACAAGAACCACAAAAACCUAAAUCUUACCAGCCAACCACCACAGUAUCAACAACUCAAACCCAACAACAGCAGCAGCAGUAUCCAUACAGUAUCAGUCCAGCUGCUUUAUUUCAUAUGGCAAGUCAGGCUGCUGGGGGUCAGAUGAGUGCUGUCUUGUUGCCAAGUGUAAGUGAGAGCAGUAAUAACAGAUCUAGUAUGGCAGUGUCUACAUCACCUUCAGUGAGCAGUGAAGGGACUAUAAGUAGUUCAGGUAGCGGAGCUGCUCCUCCACCUGGUUUCUCUGCGCCAAUUGCUAUAAACUAUCAUGGCCAACAGGUUGAUCCUGUUCAGUUCAAUAAACUUAUAAUGGGCUCUCCAUUGUAUAGAUCUCCAGUGUCACAAUCUGAUGGACAAUCUGCAGUCUCAAAUACUGCAUCUCAAUCUUUUAUAUCUGUUAGUCAAUCCUUAAGUGGACCUGUGGCAGGAGUUUAUGCUGUUCAGCAAGGAUCAGGUGGAGGUCAGUUUACAAACAUUGCACAAACAGUUACUGGUCAUACCCCACAUGCAUUUGGUGACCCAAGUCUGAGUCAGCAGCAGCAAGUACCUUUUGAUACGCGGCACUUUAUUUCUCAGCAAGUAGCUCAAGGUCUUCAUCAAGGUAUACCACAGGGACUUCCUCAAGGUCUCAGUGCACCUGUGCCUCAAGGAGUAGCUCAGGGUAUACAAGGAGGCACUGGUGUUCCAUUACCACCCCCUGGCUUGGCCACCUCAGUACCUCAAGGCUUGAGUCAGAGUGUACCACAAGGAUUACCCCAAGGUCUACACCAGAGCCUUCCUGGUGGAGUACCUCAAGUCAGUAUUGGCUCGGCACUGUCUCAAGGCAUCCAGGCAGUACCCAUGGGACAUGCUCUACAGCAGCAUCACUAUCCACAACCAACUUAUCCUCAACAGGGCUAUCAGAUGAGUGUUGCAGGACCAGCUGGGUUUUAUCCAGAGUUUGUGUUUGGUGAUCCUAGCCUACAGAAUCCUCCUGCAAGUAGUCAAGGGCCACCUUCCCUCCCAGCGGAAAUGAUCACGGAGAUGGCUUUCUCACGCCCUGAAGUUUAUGAUACCCAGAUGCAGGCUCUCUCACAGUAUUUGCCAUCCACUCUACCACAGCACCAAAACCUUAUCUCCCAGAUAUCCCAGUCGCACCCUAGUGUAGGCUUACCUUCACAUCAUACACUUUCUACAACUGGUCCCACUACAGCCUACACUCCUAGUUCUCUUAUUUACAUAGAUGGAGAGAGGGAUGGGAGUCAGAUAAUGCAAUAGAAAUUUAUAACACCACAUCAAGUGUUUCACAACAUUUUGAGUCACUUUUUGAGAUGUCAUGAAUUAACUGUCAUUAAGUAUGACAUGAUUAACAUUUUUUUAAACAAUGUUGGUGUUUGGGAGCUUUUGAGAGAGAUUUUAAAGGGCUUCAAUAAUAGUAAUUCCUUCAAAUACAUGGUACAGAUCAUGAUUAUUCUUCACUCUCUGACUAGGUGGUAUUGUUGCUUUUGAUAUCUUCUAAAUUUUAUAUUAGUCGGUUACAUUUUUUUUAGCAAGUUUUAUAGAAUUAUUUGAAAGUUGCCAAUUCUUCAGAAUGAGAUGAGCGAGAGAGAUCAUGUGCAAUUUUGGAUUUUUUCUAUAUAAUGCUUAAAGGGAAAAAAUAUGUUUAAUAAUUCCAGACUUAAUAUAAACUUUAAAGUUUACAUGCAGUUCAGUAGACUUUGCAAUUGCAGUGAAGUUUUGUAACCAUGUAAAUGGUACACGAACUUUGUUAGCUUUAAUUUUUAUAGAAUUAUUUUAUAAAUGUUUGAAAUAUUUUAAAAGUAGGUAGUAAUUUGCUUUGUUUGGCAUAAGAUUAUUUAGACUAUAUUGAAAAUUGACAUAAUUUUAUUUAUUGCUCCUUCAGCCUUUAGAAGUGAAUGAGCUUAUGUUUAAAGUUUUGUGUGAGCUGUCACACAGGUAUUGUCUUAUAUAACAUGUGAAAGAUAGAAUUAUUUAUGUCAAAAUAAUAUUUUUAACGUUUCCACCAUUCAUUCCACAACACUAACUCCAUGUUUGUUGCUGUACCUGACCUUCAUAUUCUAUUCUCAUUCUGAUUUGAGAAUUUUGUUUACUUUAUCUUCUUGGGCUUGUUUUACUUAAUAUUUAUUUUAUCUCUAUAUAGUCUGUGCUCUUUUUUUAUAUAAAUGGAUUGUUGAGAUUGAUUUAUAUUCAUUCUAAAAUAACUGUUGACUCUAAGGGUACAAAUUCCUGGGUGUACAAAGUGAUAAAGCAAAACUGUUAUUGUAUUAAGCAAAUGAUAAAUUGUAUUUUAAUUAAAUUUGGAAUAUUAAAUGGGUAAGUUCUAACUUCUUAUAAUUCAGACUUGUUGAGAAAGUUUUUCUUGAAGAAGAUAGAGCAGUACCUGAUUUUUGUACUUUCUUAUUAAACUGUCCAGUUUUUAGAAAGACACUUUCAGGACCAUUCAUUCCUAUGUCCAUUAUUAAAUAUUAGGGUAAAUAUACAAGUUUACAUGCAUUUUGUACCUGCCCUCCAGUACCUUUCUCUUUGCUUUCCCAGACCGUGGACUGGAUUCUUUAUUUUUUAUCAUAGUGUGUGUGUGUGUGCUGCACUAUAUUUUCUUUAGUAAUAUAACUUGUCUCAUGAUGACUGUUUAGGAAGAAAGCAAACAGUACAGCAAGUGAUUCAAGAGGCAAUCGUUAAAGGAACUUUUCACAAUUAUUUUUCACUAUUAAAUGAACUUGUCCAUGUUUUUUACUACUGUACAAUUGUAUAAAUAAUUAUCAUAUUUUGAUGUUCAUACUAUUUCAGAUAUUGAAAAUAUUUUAUACAAGGAAAUAUGUUAUUCAGGAAAAUGAGACAUUUUCCUAUACUGUUAGUAAACACAAAUGAGAGAGCGCCUACAUAUAUACCCCCCAAGUAUCAAUUUAACCUCGAUACUGGCUGUGGUGAAAUUAUUUUUAAAAUAUUUACAUUAUUAGUCAAAGUAAUCUUGAUAUUGGUGUGCAAAAAGGCAACACAAGUUAGGCCUCAAUUGAUAAUAUGAGUAAAGACUUCUGUCACAAAGAUUGUUUUAUGUCAUGUAAUUAUGUAAAUGAAGUCUUUAUUGUGUGUAUUAGACUGAGUGCUAAAAUACUGUCCUAUAUAUCAUUGAUGAACAAGAAGCAAUAAGGAUGCCUAGUUCUCACGUUUAGAACUAAACUCCAGUCUUGUGUGAACCGUGUUAAUUUGUGUUUUAUUAUUGGCUGUAGAUUUUUAAUCUUUUUAAUUUUUUAUUAUUUUUGUUUAUAUAUUUUAUAUUACAUGUCAGAAAGAAAUUUUCAAAUUUCAUUUGUCUAUCAUUAUGAUUAAGUAUUUGAAUUUGGUACAGAACAGUGCUCUUGAUCUUAAUAAAUACAUGAAUAAAGAUGAAAUUAAGACACAUGUGCAACGUCUGGGUAUCUUUAUUGUAGACGUUCCGCCAUCCAGUGGCUUUAUCAAUACAAAUUCUAGGACAUAACUUGAAGACAGUAGGACUAUAUACAGAAGAUGAGGUAAUCAGUCCCUCAACCUAGGAGUAGGUGCGAAGAGCACCAUAGUCUUGGAGAUUCUGAAGCAGAAGGAAGGAGCCUGGCGCUUAUAUAGAAACGUCAGGUGUAGCAGACGAGGGCAUAGUCACU